CAAUCUUUCCCUACGAUCAUCCCCUUGGCAAUUGUUGUCUGCGUGCUUAGGAUAAUGCUGCGCUCAAGGUCCAGGGCAGCGUCGAUUUACGCUUUUCUUGCAUUUUUUGCAUUGGCGUCUUUGAUAGGGAAGUCUAAUGCCUCGCUAGGAGACCAUCUUCCUGAUUUCAAAGAGUGUGUGGAGGUCUGUAAGACUGAGAACUGUCAGGAUGGAGACUCGGUUAUUCCCUUUCACCUCCGCCUCAUGCUAUGGACCUGCCCUGCCGAGUGCGAUUACACCUGUCAGCAUGUUGUUACUGACCGUCGAGUUUCCCGAGACCCUCCCAUGCUCACCCCGGUGGUUCAGUUCCAUGGCAAAUGGCCGUUCCGUAGAAUCCUGGGCAUGCAAGAACCCUUCUCCGUCCUAUUCUCCCUGCUCAACUUUCUCGCUCAUUGGCAAGGAAUGAACCGAAUCGAAGAAAAUGUACCACGCUGGCAUCCGCUGAGGAAAUACUACCUUGGGUUUGGAUAUUUUGGUCUGGCAAGCUGGACGUUCAGUAUGCUCUUCCACUCACGGGAUUUCCCCAUCACAGAGAAACUGGAUUACUUCGGAGCCGGGGCAAGCGUUCUCUAUGGCCUUUUCCUUUCCGUGCUGCGGAUUUUCCGCUUAGACCAGGAGAGACCAAAGUAUAAACCGACAUUGCGUCGCUUCUGGACCUUCAUCUGUGUCCUGCUUUACUCUCUGCAUGUCUGCUAUCUGAGUUUCUGGUCAUGGGACUACACAUACAACAUGAUUGCAAAUGUGAUCGUGGGAAUCAUACAGAAUGUCCUGUGGACCGCGUUCAGUAUUUACCGAUAUCAGAAGCAACCCAGGACUUGGACAGCCUGGCCUGGAAUGAUCGUCGCGUGGAUAAUCCUCGCCAUGAGUCUGGAGCUCCUGGAUUUCCCUCCGUGGCACGGCCUGAUUGAUGCACAUAGUCUCUGGCAUCUGGGGACUGUCAUUCCCACAGCUUGGUGGUACUCGUUUCUCGUCAAAGAUGUGCAAGACGAUAUGGCUGGCGAGAGAUUGAAAGCUUGAUCCGGCAGACUCUACCAUGGCGGCUGCCCAGCGAAAA